AUGCAGAUUUUGACAUCAGGGUUAAAGGCCAAUCGAUCACCACUAUUAAAAAAAGAAAGGAGGCUUGUGUCAGGCCGAUCAAUUGCCCUCAAUACAGUUGUUCACGUGAGUUUUGUUUUAAACACCCUUUUUGCGACCUUUUUUCACGUAUCUCGACCUAACCAACCCUCAAACUUCAUUUUCUCUCAAAAUCUCUCAUUUUCGUCAUCCAAGACCAUCAAACAAUAUGUGUGUUUUGAGCUGGAUGGUUCAAUUGGAGAAGAACAUGAGGAGGAGGUCGGCGAUGCUUACGAUAGCUUGAUGGAGGAGGAUGAUGAGUUCAGUGACAGUGACGAGGACGAGACAGAGAGCAGUGUUGAUUUGUUGAUCAGGUUCUUGCAUAGCCUGUUCAAGAAGAUCUCCAAGCGUGCCAAGAAGGCCUCGCGCUCCUUCCUUCCCUCUGUGAUUUCGCCGCAGCUGGUUAGCUUUCCUCUCAUUAUCGUGUAUACCUCUGUUUUUCUUGUUGCAUAAUAAGAAUUGAAGAGAGGAGUGCUCCAGUUCAAUGUGGAAGACUUGUAGCUGUUGUUGAAUCAUUGGA